AUGGUAGAACUCAGAAGAGAAGAUCCUGGAACAUUUAAGAAAUUCCUCCGCAUGUCUACUGAAAUGUACGAUGACAUUUUGGGUAGGGUUCGUCAUCGCCUCGUGAAACAACACACUCGGUACAGGGAGCCCUUUGAUCCAGGGCUAAAGUUAGCUGCCUCACUACGUCACCUGGUUUCUGGUGUCAAGUACUCAGAAAUGCAGUAUUCCUGGCGGGUCGCUGAUAAUACCCUCUCUGUAGUGGUCAGAGACGUGAUGCAUGCUAUAUGUGAAGAAUAUGUUGAUGAGGUUAUGACAGCUCCCUCCGCGCCUGAAGGAUGGAGACAACUGGCUGAUGGUUUCCUCAAGAAUUGGAACUUUCCAAAUUGCGUUGCUGCUAUUGAUGGCAAGCCUAUAGCUAUCAGAAAUCCUGCCAGCUCUGGUUUCUCAUAUUAUAAUUAUAAGGGAUUCUUCAGCAUCAUCUUACUAGCCAGUGUCGACUCGGACUACAAGUUCGUAUGGUGUGAUCUGGGUGGAUACGGUUCAAGUAAAGAUGCCAAGAUUUAUAAUGAAUCAGAAUUUCUGGAGAUGGUGCAGGAUGGUUCCAUAGGAUUUCCAGACCCACAGCUCUUUCCAAAUGACACCGUAGAAAUGCCCUUUUUCUUGGUUGGAGAUGACGCUUUCAGCCUUAGCGAGAACAUGCAGAAACCCUAUGGACAUAGAGUCCUGACCAGAGACGAAAGAAUCCUAAACUACCGGUUAUCCAGAGCUAGGAGAGUAUCAGAAAAUGCAUUUGGGAUUUUGGCCAACCGAUUCCAGAUGAACCACAGCCCAUCCACAGUAAGGCCGAAGGUAAAGACAUGCUGCAUUCUCCACAACUUGAUGAGGAUCAAGUACCCAACCAUGCAGAAUGCACUGGUUGACCAUGAUAAUAAAAGAGGCGAUCUGUUUACUGGGAAAUGGAGAAAUGGUCGUAACUUGGAGGAUAUCAGGAAUCUCAAUAUCAAUGGGCCACAACACAGCAACCAAAAAGGCAAUAUGGUGAGAAACACUCUGAUGCACUGGGUCAGCUCUCCAGCGGGAUGUGUGCCUUGGCAAGACAGGAUGGUGCCACAUUAG